AUGAACAGUUUGUGCUUGAGUCGAGAUACUGUUGGUCAGCAAAUUAAUGUGACUUGUGAGGUACAACAAUUAUUAGGAAAUAAUCGAGUUAGAGCCGUAGCUAUGAGUGCUAUAGAUGGGCUGAUGAGAGGAAUGGAAGUGAUUGACACGAAAGCUCCUCUAAGUGUUCCAGUCGGCGGAGCUACUCUCGGACGAAUUUUCAACGUUCUUGGGGAACCUGUUGAUAAUUUAGGUCCUGUAGAUACUCGUACAACAUCUCCUAUUCAUAGAUCUGCGCCUGCCUUUAUACAGUUAGAUACGAAAUUAUCAAUCUUUGAAACAGGGAUUAAAGUGGUGGAUCUUUUAGCUCCUUAUCGCCGUGGAGGAAAAAUCGGACUAUUUGGGGGAGCUGGAGUGGGUAAAACAAUACUCAUCAUGGAAUUGAUCAAUAACAUUGCCAAAGCUCAUGGAGGCGUAUCCGUAUUUGGCGGAGUAGGCGAACGUACUCGUGAAGGAAAUGAUCUUUACAUGGAAAUGAAAGAAUCCGGAGUGAUUAAUGAAAAAAAUAUUGCGGAAUCAAAAGUAGCUCUAGUCUAUGGUCAAAUGAAUGAACCGUCGGGAGCUCGUAUGAGAGUUGGUUUAACUGCCCUAACCAUGGCGGAAUAUUUCCGGGAUGUUAAUGAACAAGACGUGCUUCUAUUCAUCGACAAUAUUUUUCGUUUCGUCCAAGCAGGAUCAGAAGUAUCUGCCUUAUUAGGGAGAAUGCCUUCCGCAGUGGGUUAUCAACCUACCCUUAGUAUAGAAAUGGGUUCUUUGCAAGAAAGAAUUACUUCUACCAAAGAGGGAUCUAUAACUUCGAUCCAAGCGGUUUAUGUACCUGCGGACGAUUUGACCGACCCUGCUCCUGCCACGACAUUUGCACAUUUAGAUGCUACUACCGUACUAUCAAGAGUAUUAGCUGCUAAAGGUAUUUAUCCAGCAGUGGAUCCGUUAGAUUCAACGUCAACUAUGUUACAACUGUCCAAGCUUGAUCGAAGGUAG